GCAGCAUGCCGGCCAACCCGCAGCAGCCCAGGGGCGCCCCAGGGACAGGCGGGAGGACCUCCUGCUGGGGGCGAGGAGGGGAAGGCUCCGCGGGGGAAGCGCAGGCGUCGCCACCAAAGAGUCCUGAGAAGAAAGGAGGGGAUAAAGGGAAUAAGAAGAAGAGCAAGAGCAAGAAGAAGUCUUCCAAGGAGUCGGGAGGAGGUCGCGUUCACGUGGACAUUCUCGGAGAAACGGCGAUGCGCAACGCUCUCUUCAUUUGUCACAGCGUCCAGGAGCUUCUCUUUUGGCGCGGUUACCAGUGGGCGCCCGGAGGCAAGAAGCAGAAGGGGAAGAAGGGAAAGAAAUGAGGAACUGCCAAAGGAAUGAUCCGUUGUAGAAGGAUUUUGGAUGAAAUAUCUUUGUAUGUGUGUAAUUAACAUCUUCAGAAUAGCGUCAUCGCGAUUAGGAUCUAAUCUGGAAAUGCUGAUUACACAUCUUGCAUUACGUAAUUAUUCAGUUAUUCGCACUUCCGUAUUCGCCGCAAUGAGUCCCAUUUAGGCGAGAAACUCACCAGGGGAAAUGUGCAGAGCUGGGAUUUAGGCGGACCGAGGCACUGAGAUGUUAAAAAAGCUGUAUUAGAUUAUGUAUAUGUGGCUCUCCAUCAAGUGUUCAUGGAGAAUAUGGCUCUAGAACAGCUGUAGUCCCCUCGAUGGUGCUAUUUACUAGGCCUAGAACGACGAAAAAGUAAAAAUGGCCAUACCUUUCUCAGCCAAAACAUAUAGUUAUGAAAACAAAUAAUCGCACGUGAUUCUGAGUCCAUAUUGCAAUAAAAAUAUUACUCGAAUAUAUUUCAAAAUAGAAUAACAAAUUCAGACCUCGUAGCUAUUAGAACUCCGGCCCUGAAUAUGUACCCGGACAUUAUGCAAAUGUGAUUCUAAAUACGAAUAAGGAUGAACUGUUGACACAUUCUAUUUGUUGUAUUGUGAAUUAAAUAUUUAAUUAAAUAUAUAAGGAUUCUGGUUAUUGUGAGAUAAUCAGGAAUAAAAGAUAUUAUUGUAAAUGACCACAAAUAUAUGUCGUAUUUAUCAUGUAAUAUUUUUCCUGUAAGUGGGUAUUCUGACCCUUUGAAAGAUGGUGUAUAUACAAAAGAUGAAAUUCUCUCUAAGCCAAUAUAAUAUA